AUGCUGCAGGACUCACUCUCAGAUCCCGAGAUUCGCACACUUGCACAGAUCAGCACCGAGAACGAACACGAGAUGAGGCUCUUGACUAGCAUGGAGCUGUUCUUCAACUUGGAUGACCCCCAGCAAGGAUCCUGGGUACAAUGCAAGGCGGACGGGACCACACCAAUGAAUGCCCUUCUGGCCACAACCCGAGCUCGCACAACAACACCAACCCUCCGCACAGCCAUCCGCGCCCUCGCAACAGCAGCACCCGUCAAUCCCAUCAUCCCCCCAGCCCGGACAACAUUCGGAAACCUCAGCGACGAAGACCGCAUUUUCACCAACAUCUAUGGCUUCCACGACUACAAGCUCAAGGGUGCGCUUAAGAGAGGAGACUGGUACAAGACCAAGGAGAUCUUGUUGAAGGGUCAUGAUUGGAUUCUUGACGAGAUGAAGGCGUCUGGUUUGCGCGGUCGUGGUGGUGCGGGGUUUCCUUCGGGUUUGAAGUGGAGUUUUAUGAACAAGCCUCAUGAUGGCCGCCCCCGCUAUUUGGUUGUGAAUGCAGAUGAAGGUGAGCCUGGUACCUGCAAGGAUCGCGAAAUUAUGCGCGGAGACCCCCACAAGUUAGUCGAAGGAUGCCUGGUCGCCGGUCGCGCCAUGAACGCCAAUACCGCCUACAUUUACAUUCGUGGAGAGUUCUACAACGAGGCUUCCAACCUUCAGGUUGCCAUUGAUGAGGCAUACAAGGCUGGAUUAAUUGGCAAGAACGCCUGCGGUUCCGGAUACGAUUUUGAUGUCUACAUUCACCGCGGUGCCGGUGCCUAUAUCUGUGGCGAAGAGACUGCCUUGAUUGAGUCGAUUGAGGGCAAGGCCGGAAAGCCUCGUCUGAAGCCCCCAUUCCCCGCAGAUGUAGGUCUCUUUGGAUGCCCCACGACAGUCGCCAACGUCGAGACUGUUGCUGUCGCGCCCACUAUCCUGAGACGCGGUGGCGCGUGGUUCGCUGGAUUCGGUCGUCCCCGUAACGCUGGAACAAAGUUAUUCUGUAUCUCCGGACAUGUCAACAACCCCUGCACGGUCGAGGAGGAGAUGUCGAUCCCCUUGAAGGAGCUGAUUGAGAAGCACUGUGGAGGUGUCAAGGGAGGCUGGGAUAACCUUUUGGGAAUCAUCCCUGGAGGAUCAUCAGUCCCUGUCUUGCCCCGCCAGAUCUGUGAUGAUGUUUUGAUGGACUUUGAUGCCCUUCGUGAUGUUCAGUCUGGUUUGGGAACAGCCGCUGUGAUUGUCAUGGACAAGUCGACCGAUAUUGUUGCCGCCAUUUCUCGUCUUGCGGCCUUUUACAGACAUGAGUCCUGUGGACAGUGCACACCCUGUCGUGAGGGUACCACCUGGAUGGCUAACAUGAUGACUCGUUUUGAGAACGGCCAGGCUCGUCCUCGCGAGAUUGAUAUGAUUGACGAGCUCUCCCGUGAGAUUGAAGGACAUACCAUCUGUGCCCUCGGAGAUGCCGCUGCAUGGCCCAUCCAGGGUUUGAUCCGCCACUUCCGCCCCGAGUUGGAGGCGCGCAUGGCUCAGUUCAGGGAAGAGGCUCAGGCCAAGGCUUAA